UGGCAGCGAGGAUUUGAUCCCGAUCCAUCCGAAUCCAGCCCCGAGGAGCCCGUGACUCAGAUGUUCCAGCCUGCGCUGCGGUCGCCAUAGGGGGGGGGGCGAGCGAUCCCGAAUCCCACGUGAAUCCCUGCGGAGGGGAACUGGGAUUGGGGCAGCUCCUUGUAGCCCCCCCUCCAUUAACCACAGUUACCUGUCGCCACUUGGACCCCGCGGCUCCAACACGGGAACCCCAUUCCCAAGGGAGCUCCCUGGGAGCGUAGGCACCCUGGGGGAGGCUUCUCCCUCCCAUUGCCUCCAGUCGGGAGCCGAGGCGAGGGGGGACCCCCCCAUCCUGCCGCUGUCCCCCCCUCCCCGGCGCAGUGCUGCAGCACAGCCCUCCCCACCGCCUCCCUCCCUUCCCCGGGCUCUUGCAAUGGACUCUCCCAGCGCUCGGAGGCUGCGGCGUUAACACGGGACCCGGGAGCUGUUUCCUUGCUGGAUCCCUCUUGGAGCAGCUUUUCCUUCCUCUGUCAGAGCAUCCUUCCUUUGCCGGAGCAUCCUUCCUCCGUCACAGCAUCCUUCCUCCUCCUGGAGCAUCCUUUCUUGCUGCACAGGAGGCAGCCUCCGGAAGAAGGGCUGGAGCGGAGACAGGUCAGCCGGUACCACGCGGAUGGGUAGCGCCGUCCCUCGUCUCCCCGCAUCCCACCUCGGUCCCCGGGCGUGAGGACACAGACACAGGCCCCCCCCCCCCCCCCUUCCUAUUCCCCAUCGCAUCCCGGUGUCCCGGCUCAUCCCAGCACCAUGGAUGAGAGCUUCCGGGACCGGACGGCGUUCAUCCGGGGCGCCAAGGACAUCGCCAAGGAGGUGAAGAAGCACGCGGCCAAGAAGGUGAGCAGGGGCAUGGACCGCGUGCAGGACGAGUACACCAAGCGCUCCUACUCGCGCUUCGAGGAGGAGGAGGACGACGAGGACUACGCGCCGCAGGACGGCUACUACCGGGGGGGCGAGGGCGGCAACGACGAGGAGGGAGCCUCCAGCGACGCCACCGAGGGGCACGAUGAGGAGGACGAGAUCUACGAGGGCGAGUACCAGGGCAUCCCCCGGCGCCACUCAGGGCAGGGCGAGCGCCUGGGCACCGACGCGGGCACGGCGGCGCUGGCGGACAGCGAGGGGCAGCGGCGCAAGGACCGGGAGGAGCUGGCGCAGCAAUACGAGCUCAUCCUGCAGGAGUGCGGCCACGGCCGCUUCCAGUGGACCCUCUACUUCGUGCUGGGCCUGGCGCUCAUGGCCGAUGGGGUGGAGGUGUUCGUGGUGGGCUUCGUCCUGCCCAGCGCCGAGAAGGAUAUGUGCCUGUCCGACUCCAACAAGGGCAUGCUGGGGCUCAUCGUGUACCUGGGCAUGAUGGUGGGUGCGUUCCUGUGGGGCGGCCUCGCGGACCGCCUGGGCCGGCGGCAGUGCCUCCUCAUCUCCCUCUCCGUCAACAGCGUCUUCGCCUUCUUCUCCUCCUUCGUCCAAGGCUACGGCACCUUCCUCUUCUGCCGCCUCCUCUCGGGCAUGGGCAUCGGGGGCUCCAUCCCCAUCGUCUUCUCCUACUUCUCGGAGUUCCUGGCGCAGGAGAAGCGCGGGGAGCACCUGAGCUGGCUCUGCAUGUUCUGGAUGAUCGGGGGCAUCUACGCCUCUGCCAUGGCCUGGGCCAUCAUCCCCCACUAUGGAUGGAGCUUCCAGAUGGGCUCAGCCUAUCAGUUCCACAGCUGGAGGGUCUUCGUCCUGGUCUGCGCCUUCCCCUCGGUGUUCGCCAUUGGGGCGCUCACCACCAUGCCCGAGAGCCCCCGCUUCUUCCUGGAGAACGGCAAACACGACGAGGCCUGGAUGGUGCUGAAGCAGGUCCAUGACACCAACAUGCGAGCCAAGGGCCACCCCGAGCGGGUCUUCUCGGUCACCCACAUCAAGACCAUCAAGCGGGAGGACGAGCUCAUUGAGAUCCAGGCGGACACAGGGACGUGGCACCGGCGCUGGCUUGUGCGGGUGCUCAACCUCUCACAGCAGGUCUGGAGCAACUUCCAGCAGUGCUUCGCACCUGAGUUCCGCCGCAUCACCCUGAUGAUGAUGGGAGUGUGGUUCACCAUGUCCUUCAGUUACUAUGGGCUGACCGUGUGGUUCCCGGACAUGAUCAAGCACCUGCAGAACAUGGACUACGCCUCCCGCACCAAGCUCUUCACGCGCGAGAGGCUGCGGCACUUCACCUUCAACUUCACCCUCGAGAACCAGAUCCACCGCGGCGGCGAGUACUUCAACGACAAGUUCAUCGGCCUGAAGAUGAAGUCGGUGACGUUCGAGGACUCGCUCUUCGAAGAGUGCUACUUCGAGGACGUCACGUCCAGCAACACCUUCUUCAAGAACUGCACCUUCAUCUCCACCAUGUUCUACAACACGGAUCUCUUUGAGUACAAGUUCAUCAACAGCCAGGUGGUGAACAGCACCUUUCUACACAACAAGGAGGGCUGCCAGCUCGACUUCAGCGACGACAACAACGCCUACAUGAUCUACUUCGUCAGCUUCCUGGGCACCCUGGCCGUCCUGCCCGGGAACAUCGUCUCUGCCCUCCUCAUGGACAAGAUCGGCCGCCUUCGCAUGCUGGCCGGGUCCAGUGUCAUGUCCUGCGUGAGCUGCUUCUUCCUGUCCUUUGGGAACAGUGAAUCAGCCAUGAUCGCGCUGCUCUGCCUCUUCGGUGGCGUCAGCAUCGCCUCUUGGAAUGCCCUCGACGUGCUCACUGUGGAGCUCUACCCCUCCGAUAAGAGGACGACGGCGUUUGGGUUCCUGAACGCUCUCUGCAAGCUGGCGGCCGUGCUGGGCAUCAGCAUCUUCACCUCCUUCGUGGGCAUCACCAAGGCCGUGCCCAUCCUCUUGGCCUCGGCUGCGCUUGCCCUCGGCAGCUCCUUGGCCCUCAAACUGCCUGAGACCCGGGGGCAAGUCCUGCAGUGAUGGGGGGGGACCCCCCUAAUCCUUCCCUUUACCUCUCCACCCCCCCCCCCCAUUCCCAAAUCCCAGCUCCCCUUCCGGGGGGAUUAGUCUCGUUAGACACUGUGAAACGUCUUCUUGGAGCAUUUGGGAACUUCAUUUGCACUUGGACCCCCCCAUAUUCCUGACACCACACCCCCCCCCCCCCGAUUUCCUCCCUUGGUGUCAUCCCUCUGUGAAUAGCUGCUCGCUCCUGGGGGGGCUGGGGGGACCCCAACAUCCCUGGGAGGAGGAGGAGGACGAAGGCUCCAUGCCUCAGUUUCCCCAUCUGGAAGGGCAGGGGAAGGGGUCCCCAUUGCACCCCCAAACCCA